UGAUGGCUUUGUCCUAAGUCUAGUAACAUAGCAAGCUCUGCAAGCAGAAACCCGGGAGUGGCUCUCUACUGGUAUCUGUGUUUUGUCUGCAUGAUCAACCGCCAUUUUGCAAAGUUGCAGUCUCAACUUCCCCUAAAUGACGACUGUAAAACCAGAACUCCAAUUCCUGUGUACGUGCAGCUGCAGUGCAGUGAAGGUGGAGAACCUCCCUUCUUCCAGCUACCUGCCUCUGGAAACUGCUCAAGAGCCAACUGGGGGCAACCCCAGACACCCAGUACAGCAUGUGAGAGGCUUCUGAGCACACCAGUUAUGCCCGACUAACUGCUAUUAUGAAGUAAAAGAAACAUUUUCUGAAACUGGGAAGCUUUUAUAGAGGCAGAUGGAGAACCCACUUCUUUUAUUCUCCCAGCUAAACAUUUCUGUUCAAAGGAUAUAAUCCUGUUACAAAGUCAUGAAAUCAUGAUUAAAGAAGAGCCACAUAAGCAAGCAAGCCUGGAGCUAAGCAGAAGAGAAAUAGGCUGAGCCUUUUCCUGCAGAACCUGAAUUCCAUGAAGCUGAUCAGCUUGGUAAAACUGGAAACUUGACAAAAGCAGCAAGUGUGGCUCCCGAAGAAGCAGUGAAAUGGGGAGAAUCUUUUGAAAAACUGCUUUCUGAGAAAGCUGGAUUGGAUGCCUUUACAAAGUUUCUGAAAACUGAGUUCAGCGAGGAGAACAUUGAAUUCUGUGAUUGCUUGUGAGGACUACAAGAAAAAGCAAAACUACACAUGAACUCUUGCCAAAAGCUAGGAACAUUUAUGAAACCUUCAUACAGAAAGAUGCUCCAAAAGAGUUGUUGUUUCCACAGGUCAAAUGCUGAGGAAACAAUGGCCUGGUCUGAGUCUGUGGAUACACUACUAGCUAAUAAAGAUGGCUUGGCAGCUUUUAGGACGUUUUUGAAGUCAGAAUUCAGUGAGGAGAAUGUGGAGUUCUGGCUGGCCUGCGAGGACUUCAAGAAAACCAAGUCCUCCACUAAGAUUGCCUCAAAAGCCCAAAAGAUUUAUUCUGAUUUUAUACAAGCCGAAUGCUCCAAAGAGAUUAACAUUGACUUCCAUACCAAAACUCACAUCUCUCAGAAUAUCUCUGAGCCUAACCUCAGCUGCUUUGAUGAUGCUCAGAGGUUAAUCUACAGUCUCAUGGCAAAGGACUCUUUUCCCAGGUUCCUAAGGUCAGAAGCAUACAAGGAACUAGCAAAGAAGCAACAGAAUGGAAAUCAGAAGAAAUGGUUCCCAUUUUUGUGAGAAAAUACACUGAGGGGAUUAUGAAUUUGUACACGUUGCCAUGGCAAUCGAGUACAGGACCAACAGUGCUUUUGUAUCACUAAAUACAGCUUGUUCUUCAGUGUUAAAGAUGGCAGGCAAGAUUUGAAUGAAAAACAAGAAGUGUCUUUGAAUGGACUUUGGUGCAGAUAUCAAAAAUUAUUUGAGAUGCAUGGUACCGCAUAUCGAAUCUGGGAUCAAGACUUCUAACUCCAGAAAUAUCAUGUAAGUACAGAGAUACACCAAGUUACAACAAAAUGUAAGUAUAGCAAAAUUACUAUCUUAAGCUAUCUUAAUUUUUAAACUACUUUUAGAACAGAUAUUGUAAGAAUGCCUAGAAUUUCCAAAGUGCAAAAAAGGAAAAGUAGAAACCAUUCAUGGAGUUAGAAGUAUUUCUUAGUGAUAUCUACAUCCAACAGUAAAGUAGAAGACACUUCAAUUAAUUCUAUUUCCUUCAAAGGAAAAUUUUAUCUAUUGUCUAAAGAUUUACAAGGAAUGAUGCUUCAUACUUAAGUGAAGAGCAGUGGUAUUAUCACUCAUAUUUCAGGAUUAUGGAAACAAGUACAAACACAAAAUUAUUUGGCCAUAGUUACAGUAAAAAAUCCUCUUGCAGGGAACUGAAUAUAGGAUAAAAUCAUAUUCCUUGAUUUUCCAUCUGUCUGAUUAUUUUUCUCAAUAUGGGCUCACCUCCAAAGUCUCAGAUUAUGAGAAAGCCAUAAGUUCAAUAAAUACCUGGUACAUAUUCCUAGAAUAGAAUAAUAAUAAACUACAGAGUGUGUCUCCUUUAAGCAUGCAAAUAACACCACAUAGUUUCUUACCUAAAGUCUUUCAUUUUUUUUGUUACCAUAGGCUUUCUGCAGAGGAAGUGUUACAGUGGUCCCAGUCUUUGGAAAAGCUUUUGGCCAACCAAAGUAAGUCAUUACUUUCUUAUUACUUCAUUAUAACUUUGUUCUUAUUCCAAGGCCAAAAUUUAAUCUACUCUCACCUUGUAGGCAAAACUGUAGCAUUCUGCAAACACCACCAACCAAUGGCCAGUUGCAUUUCAGUAAGCUACAGCUUCAGUGUAACAUGGCUACUCAGUUUUGCUUCCAAGUUCAUUAUUUGUCUUUCCAUUUCCUAUUCCCAGUAUAGCAAAUAAGCCCCAAAUAGCUUAAUUCAGUGCUUUUUUUUGUCAGUCUUCUGUCCUUGCAUAACGCACCAGUCUAACUUGGAAUUUUCUCUCCACUUAUACCAUAAUAUGAUCCAUUUGCGGAGCACUAGAAUCUAUUGACACAUUUUGGUACCCAAGUUCUCGAUCUAAACCCCAAUGAACGUAAUUAGGAAGACUCCCAUCAUCCUUACUAUUGGUGUAUUUUGGCAAGAUUUUCUAACACAUGCUUCAAUAUUACUCCUGCUAUUUAUUUUAUCCUCUCUGGUCACAACUAUCAUAUUAUAAAUGAC